AUGAACCAUGGAAAAACAAGACGUCUUGCCGUCGAAUUGGCUGGGAAUACCUGGGACGAUGAAAUUGUGCCUUUCCGAGAGGCACUCAUCAAUGUUGAAAAGCACUGGCAAGAGAUAGGGAUCCAAGGUAAUUGCCCUUAUCACUUCAUGGAGGAAGAGUUAAAAGGCCAUGCUGCAGAUGCCGAGGGUUGGAAUGAGGUCCAGGACUUUUUUGAUAGCAUCGAAGGCCUCGUGAAGAGGGAUGGCUGGACCCAUCCUGAAACGUUUGAUGCUGCCUUUGAUUUCUUCUCCAACUCCGGAAAUCAGGUCUCAAGAGCAUGA